CUGCUCCUCGCCAUGUCUUCUCACAAGACUUUCAGAAUCAAGCAAUUCCUGGCCAAGAAACAAAAGCAGAAUUGUCCCAUUCCCCAGUGGAUUCAGAUGAAAACUGGUAAUAAAAUCAGGUACAACUCCAAGAGGAGGCACUGGAGAAGAACCAAGCUGGGUCUAUAAGGCAUCACACAUCAUGAGAUGACACACCUAAUUGGCACACAUAUUCAAGCUGCACAAAGAUCAUAUGUUCCUAUCCUGUCACUCUGUAAACAUCCCUCCUACCUGGCCAAUAGACGUGUUUUAUCAGGGAAAUGAUUUUUCUCUGUUACUAUGCUUCUAUACCAGUAGGUUGGUUCAAUAAUAAAUGUGAGACCUUCCAGCUGAAAAAA